GAAGCUCAGCAUUUAAGAACCCUCCUCGAGCAGAGACAUUUCUUUAUAAGCAGUCUUUCUAGUCUCCAACGUUUUAUCUCGCCCUCUUCAGCCCUCCGUCCGUCGCGGCGUUCGGGGAUGAAGGGAAAGAAGCCAUGAUGCAUCAAAGAGAUCCCGACGCCCCUUUCAGCGGUGGUGGAAUAAGCUUCCUCACCGGGAACAAAAAUGGAAGGUUCAGCUACGGAUAUUCCAGUUUUAAGGGUAAAAGGUCAUCAAUGGAGGAUUUCUAUGAAACAAGCAUAUCAGAAGUUGAUGGUCAGAUGGUUGCAUUCUUUGGUGUUUUUGAUGGUCAUGGAGGUUCCCGGGCUGCAGAAUAUGUCAAAAAGAACCUUUUCAAGAAUUUGAGUAGUCAUCCAGACUUUAUCAACGACACAAAGACCGCUAUUGUUGAAGCUUUUAGACAAACUGACACUGAUUACCUCAAUGAAGAAAAGGGUCAACAAAGAGAUGCUGGUACAACUGCAUCAACGGCUGUAUUGUUAGGAGAUCGACUGCUUGUGGCAAACGUGGGAGAUUCCAGAGUGGUUGCUUGUAGAGCUGGUUCAGCAAUUCCAUUAUCUAUUGAUCACAAACCUGAUAGGUCUGAUGAGCGCCAACGGAUUGAAGAUGCUGGAGGUUUUAUUAUUUGGGCGGGAACUUGGCGGGUUGGCGGGGUACUUGCUGUUUCUCGUGCAUUUGGAGACAAACUGCUUAAGCCAUUUGUUGUUGCUGAACCAGAAAUUCAGGAAGAAGAAAUUGAUAGCAUUGAGUUUCUAAUUAUUGCAAGUGAUGGACUUUGGAAUGUUGUAUCGAAUACGCUGUGGCGAUGGUGCAAGCUACAUCGGACGCAGAGACUUCAGCAAGAAAACUCACUGAAGAAGCCUAUGCUCGAGGGAGCUCAGACAACAUCACUUGUGUUGUUGUUCGAUUUGAAGAUUUGUGAGUGCACUGCGUGUCAGGUUUUAACAUGGCACAUUGGUAGGACUCAAGUUGACAUUUGGAAGGUUUCUGCUGAUGCAUGUGCCUUCCCCAUCCCUUGAAUUUUAUGGUCAGCUUUCAUCAAUCAAUUCAUUGGACAAAGUAGGAUCCCAAGGGCUUUCUUCUUCUUUAUUUAGUGAAAUGUGCUUUCCUUCCAUGUUUAAUUUGCAUUUAUGUAAUCCCAAACACUUGUUUUUCAUUUCUUUUUUCUUUUUCUAUAUAUGAUAUUUGAGUCCCUUGAAAGCUAGCCAUGAUUGUGGGACUCAAAAAGUACUUGGGGUUGUAGUCAGUUUGAAGGACAGGUUAUGGGAGAAAAGAGAUUAUUGACGAGACCAACUGGGUCUAUACACGAUCUACAUAUCUAUAUACAUGUACUAGGUAGAUAAUAUAAAAAUCUCAGGUUGGAUGGAUUUUGAAUUAUUGUCUUAUCUGGGGGAUCUUUUCAAUGAUAGACUCGAUGAUUGUUGGCAUGCA